AUGCUUCGAAAGCUGCGUAAAUAUCCUCGAGAUUUCACGAAGAUCAGCGUUCAGCCAUGGCAUCGACGGCUGCACAAGGUCCCCGAGCAUUUGCAGAAGGUGGAGACCGAAAAGGAUCCCGAAUUCUCGUCGAUGGUCAUGUACUACUACCACAAGGCCGCCCAGCUGCUGGAGAAGGAACUGAUCCGCCAGAUGGACGUGUACUCGUACAUGACGGCCGAACAGAAGUCGCAGCGAGUGGAGGGGAUCCUGCUGAGGAUCGGGAGUGUGAACACCGCCCUGGAGGUGAACUUCAGCAUCAAGCGGGAGGAUAGGUACGAGGUGAUCACAGGGUAUCGGGCCCAUCAUUCACUGCAUCGACUGCCCCUCAAGGGUGGCAUUCGCUAUGCCACAGACGUGACCGGCAGCGAAGUGAAGGCCCUGGCCGCCAUCAUGUCCUUCAAGUGCGCCUGCGUGAACAUCCCCUUUGGGGGCUCCAAGGGCGGCAUUUGCAUCGAUCCCAAGCGAUAUUCCUUCGACGAGCUGCAGACCAUCACCCGCCGCUACACGAUGGAGCUCCUCAAGCGCAAUAUGAUCGGUCCUGGCGUGGAUGUCCCCGCCCCGGAUGUGAACACCAGUGGCCGGGAGAUGGCCUGGAUGGAGGAUCAGUACAGCAAGACCUUCGGCUUCAAGGACAUCAGCGCCAAGGCCAUUGUCACGGGGAAGCCGCUCAACUCGGGCGGCGUCCGCGGACGGGAGUCUGCCACGGGACGAGGCGUCUGGAAAUCUGCGGACAUCUUUCUGCAGGACAAGGACUGGAUGAAUCAAUUGGGCUGGCAGACAGGCUGGAAGGACAAACGGAUUGUCGUCCAGGGAUUCGGCAACGUGGGCUCCUUUGCCUCCAAAUUCGCCUUCGAAGCGGGCGGGAAAAUUGUGGGCAUCAAGGAGUCGGAUGUCUCGCUCACGAACCCCGAGGGCAUCGACAUUGAAGAUCUUUUGGCCUAUAAAGGCGAAAAAGGUAGCCUUAAAGGUUACCCCGAGGCGGAGGAAUCGGAGGAGGAUCUUCUGCUCGCCGAUUGUGAGAUUUUGAUACCGUGUGCCACACAAAAGGUCAUCACCAGCGAGAAUGCCAAGGACAUCAAGGCAAAGUUCAUACUGGAGGGCGCCAAUGGGCCGACGACCCCGGCCGCGGAGAAGAUCCUCAUCGAUCGUGGGGUUCUCAUCCUUCCCGACAUGUUCUGCAAUGCCGGCGGCGUGACGGUCUCCUAUUUCGAGUAUCUGAAGAACAUCAAUCAUGUGUCCUACGGCCGGAUGAGUGCCAAACGCAUCUCUCAGACCAUCAAUGCCCUGUUCGAUUCGAUUAACGAGUCGCUCAGUAAAUGCGACAUCAUAUGUCCACACAUUGAACCCAGCGAGCGACUGAAACGCUUUCGUGAUGCCCGCGAGGAGGAUAUUAUCGAUGCUGCCCUUCAAACCGUCAUGGAAAUGUCCGCUCUGGGCAUCAAGAAGACUGCCAUUAAAUUCAAUAUCCGCAAAGAUCUACGAACGGCCGCCUAUAUCUGGUCCACCCUGAAGAUAUUCCAGGUGAUGGAUGGCUCGGGAAUGUGGUAACUCCCUAGAUAUAUUGCCACCGAUAAGCAACACUAUAUAAAUCGUAGUAACACAUUUUAAUCGAUAAAAAAUAAAUAAAUAAAUCUAAGGAAUGAUUGAAAAACUGAAUAAGUCAAGGGAAUAUGA